AUGGCGGUGCCUGGCAGGGUUAUCAUGAACACCGAAACCCUGUCGUAUUUCUUGAUGAUCAACUGCUGGGGGCCUGGCCAAUGCGUCGCUGUGAUUGGUGUCCUUGUUAACGUGGUCAAUGUUGUGGUGUUUCUCAAACAAGGGCUUCGAGACUCGGUCAACAUCAGCCUUCUAGGAUUGACAAUUUCAGACCUGGGAUCACUGAUUAUUCUCGUCCUGCUUAAUCUAUGCUGGGCACCAGCUGUCACGAAACUGCACUUGCCAUUCUACCCACACCAGAUGAUGUACUUUCUCUUCUAUGGCCACACAGCCUUCAGUCGGGUCACUACAGGUUUGACUGCUUGGAUCGCCUUCGAGAGAUGUUUGUGCAUUGUGGCUCCAUUGAAAAUUAAGACGCUUAUCACUCCUGGAAAAUCUGUUAUGGUUAUUUGUGUGCUUUACGUCAUCACAAUUGCGUCUGUAACCCCGAUAUUUUACACUUCAAAGUUCGUAUGGAUAACUGAUCCCAUAAGAAAUACAACUGUGCUCAGUUAUGUGAAAAUUGCUGAAGGGCGAAUAAUUGAUGACAUCAUUUAUAUAAUAAAUAACGUCCUGCCGUUAUUGUUUUUUAUACUCAUUGUUAGUUGUACUGCAAUUCUUGUAACAACAUUGCAUCGCAACGCAAAAUGGCGACAGCAAAUGACUGCAUCAAAGACUCAGGUGGUAUCAAAGAGAGACACCAAAGUAACACAAAUGGUUCUAGCCAUCUCAGUAGUUUUUAUUGUCUGUUAUAUUCCCGGAGCCUUAUUUUUCUUAUUACCGCUAACAAACCAAGAAAUGAAAGUUGCUGGUUCAGAAAGAAACUUCGUCAUCGCAAUUGUCUCAAUUAUGCUUCUUCUUGAAGGCAUACAGGAGAGUGCCAACUUCUUUAUCUACAUAGAAAUGAGCUCCAAAUUCAGAGCCACAUUUCAGCAACUGUUUAGUCUACGUUUCAAACAAUCUGAUGACAGCAAAAUCGGAAAUGUAGACAAAACUGUUCAACCCGAAGGUGGUGUCUGA